GGGAAAAAGACGAGAACAACGAUUAUACUUCGAAUAUAUAAGGUAUUUACAUUGCCCGAUCUCCCACCUAAGCCUCGAGGACUGGUCUGUCUAUUCUCUCACCCAUAUCGUACCACGCCAAACACUAGUCAUUACUUUGUCACGUCGCAAAGCGUAUCUCUCUUUUGGUUCGAAGUGUUAGCUUCUCUUGUUACCUUACCGCGAGACUUAUAUCCAAUCAUCAUGCCGUCCUCACAACAGCAGACCUCGAGCACACCGUGGCAGGACCGGUUGGCAGAGGUGUGUCGUGAAUAUCAGAUCACGGCUCCUCACUUCCAGAUAGUAUCAGACCGACGAGGCGGUCGCACCGCCUGGUCCAGUAUAGUUACCGUAUACGGCAAGCGGAUCGAAGCGCGCUACUGGUACGACGGAAGAAACAUCACCAAUGCCAGGGAGGAUGCCGCGGAGGCGGCUCUAAACUGGCUUUCGACCCAAGCAAGCUUGAACUCGAACUGGUAAAAAGCGCUCUCCUCGGACGUAUCACCGACCCACGUAUUCUACUCGAUUUUUGUGCUUGACUCAGGGUUCUUCGACCCGAACAUGCGUGACUC